AUGUCAUCUUCCAUCUCGAGGGCCCUCCUCUUAUUGGCUGGCUUAUGCUCCCUUGUUCCUGGCUCCUGGGCUGAAGAUCUUAACCACAAGGAUGGAGCAUUUCAUGACCAUGAUCAUCAUGAAUUUGUGAUCUGCUACAAUGUCUUCUACAAUGUUUUCGACUUGGCCUUUGCCUUUUACCGGGAACCGGCCAGUUGGUCGAAAACCACCAAUACCUUACUGUCUCCAAUCAGUAUUGUGACUGCUUUUGCCAUGCUUUCUCUGGGGGCCCGAGGGAGUACUCUCAUACAGAUCCUGGAGGGCCUAAAUUUCAACCUGGGAGUGGUUUCUGAGGCUCACAUUCACCAGUGCUUCCAGGUUCUCCUCCACAUCUUCCAGCAUCCGGACCACCAGCUCCAGAUGACCAUAGGCAGCAGCCUCUUUGUCAGUGACGAUCUGGUGCUCAUGGAUCAGUUUGUGCAGAAUGUCAAGGAGCUAUACCAUACAAGAGUCAUCUCUAUCAACUUUAAGAACACAAAACAUGCCAAGAAACAGAUCAACAAUCAUGUGGAGAAGGAAUCCCAUGGAGAAAUAGUGAAUUUAGUCAAAAAUCUGGAGAAAGACACAGCUCUGGCCCUGGUGAAUUAUAUUUCCUUCCUUGGUGACGUCAUGGCCUUCUUCAUCCUGCCCGACCCAGAGAAGAUGCAGCAGCUGGAAGAAGGCCUGACGCAGGAACACUUUAAUAAAAUCCUCGGAACCAUUGACCAAAAGUCUGCCAGGAUACACUUUCCCCGACUGACCAUUUCUGCCACCUACGACCUGAGGAGCAUUCUGAGCACACUGGGCAUCACCAAGAUCUUCAGCGAUGAAGCUGACCUCUCAGGGGUCACGGAGGUGGCAUCCAUCAAACUCUCUGCGGCCGUGCAUAAGGCAGUGCUGACCAUCAGUGAUGAACGGACAGAGACCCGAUGGGCCACUGAUUUGGAUGACAGUGCCUGGGAAAACGUCCCUACUAUCAAGUUCAACAGGCCCUUCCUCCUCUUCAUCCGGGAGGAAAACACCAACAUUCCGCUCUUUGUGGGGAAAGUGCUGAAUCCCGAGCAGCACUGA